AUGAUCCCGAAGGGGUGUGUGGUGCAGGGUUUUCGCGAGGUCUUCGCCCCAGUCUCGGUGCGCGCCUACCGCCACUACGGUUUCCUGGUGGUGGAGAACUUUCUGCCUGCAUUGCUUGCCCACCAGCUGACGACGAUGUGCAACACGGCGGUGCGGCAGCGAGGUGACAACAUCUUUCCCGGCCUCGACGCGCAACACCGUCUGGGCGCGACAGUGGCGCCACCCUCUAAGCUGAACCCCCUGAAAACCCCUGGCGGUGCUGCCGAUACGGGUGCCAAGCCCCUUCACCCUGCCACGCCGCCGCUGGCCUCCUCCACGUCUUUGGGCCUCGGCAACGCGCCGCUGCGGUCAGAUCGGCAGAAAGAGCACGAGGCCGCCGAACGCGGUCGUCAUGCCGGGACGCAGGCGAGGAAGACUCACAUCACGUUAAGGAGGCGACGUGCUGUCGACAGGGUAUACCGCCGUCUCACCAAGGCCCGCGAGCGCUACAGUGCCCACAGGCGCGUCGGCGGGUACGUGACGGCGGAGGAGGAGAUGGCGGUUAACAUGACCGAGGAGCGCAUCCAGGAGCUGCAGUCCAAGUACACCUACGAGGACUUCCAGCGCAGCUUGCAGCACAGCCGAGACAGCGAACUCUCGGAGUCGGUGUUCCACCGCAAUCAUCACGUCAACGAGGCGAUGACCUUCAUGCAAGACUGGCCACGCACGUGGUGUUGGCUGUGGCGCACAUCUCCUGAGCUGAAGGCGCUCGCGGUGUCCGCGGAGGGGGCGGUGGGCCAACUCGUUGGGGAGGCUGCAGGGUACUUGGCUGGCGAGGUGGUGCUGCGUGUGUAUUCCGACAGCGCCACCGAGGCGACGUCACUGAGCAACGCGACCCCGAUGAGCUUUGCCGGUGUCUCCACCAACUUUGCGCAUCCACAUGCGCUGUCGGCGCAGCUGGGGUUGGAACGGCCAAGCUCGACGCACUCGGAUGCUGCCACGAUGGUUAUGCCAGGCUCUCAUCACAUUGUCUGGCGUAUCUCACUGGACGGCAAGGAGCUCGACCGCUUUCAGCCUGGCGGCAUCUUUGACGUUGGCUCGAUGGUGCGGGCUCUGCCAGAGGUGAGCCACCUGCCUGUUGUUGCGCUCCCUCCUCUAAACCCUGGCGCGGUGCUAUUCUUCAACAACUAUCUUCUCAUGGGGACUCAGGCGAACCUCUACGGUGCCGCGCAGAACGCCGCCGGCACCGUUGCCGCCGGGCCUGUCGCACACGCAACCAGCUACGCCUUCUCUCUCAUACCGGACCGGUGCGUGUUUGAUGGCAGGCGCAACUCGUGGGCGUCGCGCGAUUCGCAUGGGCCUCUUUACUCGUACAAGCGCGGGCAGCUGCUGACGGACGAUGCGGCUUUCCCCGUAAUUCACAGAGCUUUGGAUAUAGAAUAA